AUGAACUCGAGUGUUCGAAAUCACCGUAAUAACAACAAUGCCCAAUUUAUGAGAAAUAAGGUUAUCCAUAACCGACUACAAUUAACGUCACAACACUUUCUGAGGAUCGAACAACAACUCAUACGGCCACUUUUCCUGAAGCACCAUCCUUUGGACAAGCUUGAGAGCUAUGACGUGGAAGGCCUCUUCAAAGAUGAAUAUAACAGGCACAAAACUCCUCAAUUAAAUACAAAAGACAGCUCCAAUGAGCCUAUCCUUGCUCGAAUACCGUCAUCUUCGUCCAUAACAACAGCCAAACAUUCAAAAGCCUACGGAAAUAUGGCCAACUCGUUUGCUGCUCAUUUUUCUCCUCGACAAUUCAUUCCCAACUCCGUCACCCAUAGAAACAUCUUCAGAUGGUACCAACGACUUCUCCAAUAUUCGCCCGUCACCAUCUUUUUGAAACAGAAAAACCGGCUACUCUCCGAACUGUCCACCAGUCAGAUCAAUUUUCCGUACCGAAACCUCAAGUACCAAAUCAAGGCCCUCAGUAGUAAACACGGGAGUAAGAGAAGCUACCAUUUAACAGAACUUAUUUAUUACGACACUCUUUCGCUUGCCAUCAGGAGCCGGGAGCGUGGGUAUACGGAAACUAAGCCUCGCAUCAAAGACUGGCCAUCGAUUAACAUUGAACACGAUGAGUUGUGCAAUAAACUCUCGUCUUCCAAAGACAUUGAGAUACUUCACAAGGGAACCCGGUUUGAAGGGCCCGAGUCCGAUAUCUUCGAACAGUUCCCGGUGAAGGAAACAAUCGGUGAGCUAGAGCAGACUUCAAUCGCAGAUGUGUUCCCCUAUGACGUCUCAUUCAAUGAUUUGUAUAUUCUCACCAUCGAGGCUCCAGUUCUCGGUGACAGCCAUGAAGAGUUGAUGAGAAUAUUGCGGGCCCUGGAAUCUGAGUUCCAGAUUUUUGCCGUCAGGCUUGACCUCACACAACAGCUCCUUUUACUGAGCUUCAAAUCGUCUAUGAAACCGUCUGUGCAAAAGAAUGUAGACUACAAGUACGACGAUUUGCUUGAGAUCGCCAAAAAUGCCAAAUUGCAUUCUAACAUAGACGACCUCAUCCAAUUUUUCGCAGAACAAGGGUCGACACGGGUGGCUCUUAACAAGGCCCAAGACAGCCUCUACCUUCUUGAAAAAUAA